AUGACUAAAACCGAAGGAUCAAAGAAGGUCAACAACAUUCCCAUAACUAAAACCGAAAACUGCGAGAGUUUCUUCAACUUCUUCAAACCUAAUGAAGUUCCUGAGAUUGAUGAAGUUGAUGAUUACGAUGAUUUUGAUACUGACAUGACUGAAGAACUCCAAAACCUGAUGGAUCAAGACUGUGAUAUCGCGUAA